CGAAUUUUUACCUGUUUUACCGCGACAAAAUUGUGUGGGCCCUAAAUUCAGCACACACCUGCAGACGAGUGUGGUAUAGCAGACGACUGACCCACGGUAUGUGUGGCCUAAGGUGACGUCAUGAAAGCUGAAGCAGCAGACGAGGUCAGCAGACGUGGCACUAUUCGUGAGACCUGGAGCAAGGCCAUCGACUUCCUGUUGGCCUGUAUCGGUUUCUCUGUCGGCCUGGGCAACGUCUGGAGGUUCCCGUACCUGUGUUUUAAAAAUGGCGGGGGGGCUUUCCUAAUCCCGUAUUUCCUGUCUGUGAUAUUUGGGGGAAUCCCCUUGUUCUAUCUGGAGGUGGCCAUUGGUCAGUUCAUGAGCCAGGGAGGUCUACAAGCAUGGAAGAUAGUGCCACUGUUUCAGGGAAUCGGGUUGUCCUCCUGUAUCAUCGUCUUCUUCCUCAACUGCUACUACAACGUCAUCCUGGCCUGGGCCUUCUACUACUUCUUCGCGUCCUUCACCUCUGAGCUGCCGUGGCAGGGCUGUAACCACACCUGGAACACGCCCAGCUGCUCGCUCAACUUCAGCCAGACCUCGCUGGAGACUGGACGGCCGCUGGACACGCUGACCGACCCCGUCACGGAGUACUGGGAAAAUAAAGUUCUGGCAAUCACAGACGGCAUUGAUGACGUGGGCAUCCUGAAGUGGGACCUGACCCUGUGUCUGCUCCUGGCCUGGGUCGUAGUCUACCUGUGUAUCUGUAAGGGGAUCAAGUCCUCCGGGAAGGUGAUGUACGUGACGGCUACCUCCCCCUACCUGUUCAUGGUCAUCUUGUUGGUCAGAAACUCCAUGCUGGACGGUGCUGCUGACGGCGUAGAGUUUUAUCUCAAGCCUAACCUGACCAAGUUGGGCGAGACUACGGUCUGGGUCGAUGCCGGCACACAGAUAUUUUUCUCCUCCUCCAUAGCGCUCGGCACCCUGACAGCACUCGGCAGUUACAACAAGUUUACCCACAAUUCCUACAGAGAUUCGAUCCUGUUCGCCUGCGUCAAUUCUGGCACGUCGUUCUUCGCUGGCUUCAUCGUCUUCACCAUCCUCGGCUUCAUGGCCAAACAGCAGGGCAAGUCUAUUGGCCAAGUGGCCGAGUCAGGACCUGGCCUAGCCUUCAUCGCCUACCCUAGUGCCGUGGCCCAGAUGCCUCUAGCCCCACUCUGGUCAGUCUUCUUCUUCCUCAUGCUCAUCUUGCUGGGCCUGGAUAGUCAGUUUGUGGGUGUGGAGGGUGUGGUGACCACAAUAGUUGACCAGUACCCUGAGACGUUCAGGAAAGGUUGGCGUAAGGAAAUCUUGACAGCAGUUUGUUGUGCCAUCAUGUUCCUCAUCGGUCUCAGUAUGGUCAGUGAGGGUGGGAUGUACGUCUUUCAAGUGUUUGACUACUACACAGGUAGCCGCAUCAUCAUGCUGGUGGCGUUCUUUGAGCUGGUGGCGAUCUCCUACGUCUACGGCAUCAGAAGGUUCUACGAGAAUGUGGUGAUGAUGGUUGGACACUCUUGGAUGCGUCACACCCUGCCCUAUAUGUUGAUCUGCUGGACUGUGCUGGCACCCAUAUUUUGUAUGGCCGUGUUUGUUCUCAGUACCAUCGACUACUCAGAGCUGACCUACUCACGCCCCGGCCACAGGAUGUACGUCUACCCUCCAUGGGGUGUGGCCAUUGGCUGGACAAUGGCUGGGUUCGCCGCCAUUUGGAUUCCUGUCGUUGGUCUGUAUAAUUUCUGCAGAUACGGCGCAACAUGGGAGGUGUUCAAGCUACUGCUUGUGCCCUACAGCCUCGAGAAGCACCAGAAGAGACCAGCAGACGAGAACGAACGGUGCCUGCACCAUCUGCUACAGGAGAGACAACUCGCCUCUGCUGGGUCGGUCACGUGUCAAAAUGGCGGCUAUGUUGCCGAUGCAGAGUCGAACGUCUAUCAAAUAUCAAGUUUAUAGCUCUCGAAAUAAAUUGAUGUUGAAAUUGUUUUAUAUUCAUCUCCUGCCUAUAGUUGUAUACAAUUCUAACUAGUAUUUAUAAUAAAAAACACGAAGAUUA